AUGAUUGCAUGGAAGCUCCGGCCAAGUGGGGCGGAAGAGGACACUUGCAUCAACCAUCAUGGACAGCAGACAUCGCCAAUAUCUCUCCCCAACACGGACGCCGCACAAUGGAACAAACAGCUCAUACUCAAGUUUAGGCUACGCGAACCAGAAAUCUAUCUGCUAUCAAUAUUCCUGAAGAACUAUUCUCGCAGAAUCGAAAUAGCUAAAGGACUAAAAAUCAACAAAAAAGAGGAAUCCCCCGGAAAUUCGCCCCCGGAGUUCAGAACACGUCUCGACCUUGCGGAGAAUACUACAAUAAUCCAUCUAUUAUCUAAUAAGAUAACCGCUCUGCUGGCUCAAUUCUCAGAGCUAAACAUAAUUAAGUGUGAUAAAAAUAUCGUUGCGAAAGUUAUAACUAAAAUCAAUGAUUAUAUAGAGUACACGAGCAUGCAAUACCUGAUGGAUCAGGCGCCCGAUAUUCUUACUUUAAGGAUUAUAUUUAUGUCGUACAUCUCUGGCACCACCUUAGCCGAAAACAGUAGCGCGCUUGGUGGGAUCUGCGGAGAGAGAGUUAACGAGCUUCGCGUUAAUAAAUGCGCCUUAUUUAAAGGUAUCAUAAUGGCAGAAGAAUUCCAUAAUCUACAAUUUUCCGUUCGUCACUAUAGCAGCACUACUUAUGUGAGGCUUCUUUAUUUUUUUCUCGAACUCAACCCUUCGAUAUUGACACGCGGAUCGGUGUUCACGCAUGGGGAUGAUCCUAACUCCGGCGGCAAAUACGUUUUUACUGGGAUUAUCGACUGGGAGGAUAGUAGUUUCUAUCCCUUUUACCAUGAGUGCACUGUCCUGACAUGUACUCUGAGUUUAAUAGAUAAAGAUGACUGGUAUUUUUAUCUGCCAGAGAGCAUCUCUCCGUUGAGGUUCCCUGUGCGAUGGCUGGUCGAUCGUCUUUGGCAGAUACAUCUCAGGACUACAUAG